CUCCCUGCAGCUGACUGGGGAGACACUCGCUCGCUGCUUUUCUGCCUGGCUGCUGGCUCUUCUCCAGCAUCCUCCCCACCCCUCCGCCCUGUGCCUCUCGUGUGCUCUCCUCCUCCUCCCCCUCUGGCCUGUGUCUCCCCUUUUUGGAGUCGCUUGGCCAGCCUGCUUCCCUGGCCGUUGCCGCUGCUGCCAUUGCUGCUGCUGCUUGAGCAGUGGAGCUGUCUGACACCACACUGCAUGCUCUGCCUCGCCUCUUCGCUUUGCUGGAUAAUCACUGAGUCUGCAAGAGACUGCAACGGAGGACGGGAAGGGAGGGAGGCAGAGAGGGACAGAGAGAGCCUGCACUCUUCGUUCAGCUGCUGCAUUCUCCAGCCUGCCUCUCCCGCUGCUUCCCUGCGCUGCUUGGAGCGCAGUGCUGGGGGUCAACUGGACGGGCUGAGAGCUCCUCGAAGGUCUUCAUCCUCCUCUCUUUAGGGUUCCUCCCUCUGUUCAUUCCGGGGGCAGGGUGCAGAAGAGAAGAGGGAGGGACUGGGAGCAGGACUUCAGACUCCUGCCUUCAGCUGCGCGGCUGUGUCCCACCUUGCUCCAGAGACACAUGAGAGGAACACACGGGCAUAUUUGCAUAGAUUAGACACAGCUCAGGCUUUAGCAGACAGGAAGGAGGGGGGGACAGACUGACAAAGACACACAUUAUAUAAAUACAGAAGGACUGACAGACAGGGGGGUGUCAUGGCGUCAAUGGACAGCACCGGUGUGAGUGUCUCUGGUCGGCUGAGAUCCGGGGAUCUCCUUCACGCUGGCCUGGCAGUUGUGCUGCUGCUCGGGGUAUGGAGUGUUAGUGGACUGGAGGUAUCAACAGGUAAAGUGUCCACAAUCGAAGCAAUGAACGGCUCCACGGUUCUGCUGCCCUGCACAUACUCCUCCUGCAUCGGCAUCAAAGACCUCUACUUCAACUGGCAUUAUAAUGACAAUGGAACCAUGAUCAAGUUGUGUGAAGCAGAGAUCCCAAUGGAAGGCGUGGAGCCCAGGGUCAGUGUGUACCAUGAACGUGUGGACUUUGUCGGCUCCUCAAAGAGCAACAACAUCUCCAUCCUGCUGUGGAACAUCACCUUUGAAGAUCAAGGAGAUUACAUCUGUUUCGCCCGGAACCCGAAAGAGAAAUACCGCAACCACAGCGCUAUCUUCACUCUGAUGGUGGUGGACCAAAUGAAGGAGGUUGACAACACUUUGACCGUCAUCAUCGUCUCUGUGCUGGGUGGAGUCAUUGGCUUAGUUAUCUUCAUCAUGGUGGUAAAAGGCUUGGUUGUUCACUUCCUGCUGAAGGAUGAUGAAAAAAAUAAAGAAUGCCUGGUGAACUCAGGGAACGACAACACAGAAAAUGGACUUUCAGGAGCCAAAGCCGACAACAAAGGGACACCAAAGGCAUGAGCAUAAAGCGACGUAUGUCUGUAUGUUUGUAUAUAUGUUAGACAAAUGUACACGCUCAGAGAACAGGCUGUUAUCGGUGGACUGUUUUAUCUUACUAGUGGCUAUAACUAAUAACAAUAUGUAAAUGUUUCUUUUAAAUCAUGCUUGAGAUUUGGGGGGGUGUGAGAUGUGCACAGGCCUGGAUCACUCGCUCACUUAUACGGCAGCCCAGUUGUUACACAGAGCCUCGGUUAUCAAAUGCUGCUCUGUGUCCUACUGAGCCUCACAGUGCUCUUCAGAUCAGACUGAAUUAUUUCUGCUGCCAACUUUAUAUACAUAUGCUUCCUUGUAUUCAAAGGAUUUCUUAAAAUAAAUUACAAUCACUAUUUAUUUAUUUUUAAAGAUUUGUGUUACAAAAACGUAAAAUAACUGCGAUAUCACUUUAGAGGAAGAAUUUUGCACAAAGCAGAUUCUAAAUUGCCUUUUUUUGUUGUUGUUGCCUUUAUUGAUAACGUUUCUGGAUUUCAGUGACCCCACUGAAAUACAGUUAGUACUCUUAGUUGACAGUAUCUUUGAUUAUCCAUUUGGAAUUCAUGGUGUUAGUGUAAUCCACAACUCUGAGUGAAAUCAGGACCCAAACACACCCCCACAGUCAACUGAACAACAGCAUAAAAAGGAAAAGAAAAGAAAAAACAAACAAACAAACAGUUUUUCCCAACUCUCCCAUGACACUGACGCACAUUUAGCUAGCUAGCAUUAAACUAAACAUUUAUUUUCUGUCUAUGAACCUAUUUUUUAACAGCUAGUUUUACUGCCGGGUCCAGGUCCGUCACACUGCCAGGUUGUGCUUGGUUCAUUGAUGCUGAAUCUGCAGAUUUUGAUUAACUCCUGGCUACAACUGGGCUUUCUGAAGUGACUAAAAGGAUCCAGUCCUGCACUGGUUUUUAUUGUUUCGCUUUAGAUGAAACACAGGUGCCUGUUCUGCUUCUGCUCCCUCUGCUGGCGGGAGGUUAAAAACACAAAAAAAUGUAUAAAAAAAGACAAAAACAACCCUCAUCAGAGACAAUCCCUAGACCUGCCCAGCUCCCUAUAGAAAGGAAUGAACUUAAUCAUGCUGCUUCUGACUAAUAACCAAUGCAUUUUUAGCAUGUGUGCAUUUUAUAUAACGUCAUAUAAGUAUAUGUUGUCUCGUACCACAGGACAGGAACAUUUCUGUGCAUCGCUGUAUGGUCUCAUUUAACCCUUCACAUCAACUGAAUGAAGCUGUGUAAAUGCCAGACGAGCACCCUCCCCCCAAACACUGCUACAGCUAUUCUCACCCCUUUAACCAGGUCAAGGUGAUGACCCAUCUUUUAGGGUCAUGACCUGCAGGUAUUUGUGGGAAAAGAAGGGUGACAGACAAUUUAAACUUAUUAAAACGUACAAACUUGUUUAGGAUCACUAAAUUUGAAUCACAUAUUUAAAAAAACUACAGAAGUUGAAGACGUUGGCACUUUGUUCAAUGGCACAUCAGCAGUAUAUACUGUGAGUGGGAAGGGCAACAUGCGUACGCAGUUCUCCGGAUACCAAUUCACCUUUACAUUUUCUCUAUAGAAGAACCACUGACUUGCUUGGAUAACCAUAAAUCAACACCCUUAAAAUACAGUACACAUACAUGCAUUUGUGAUUGUGCUGAAGCAUCCAAACAUGUCCACUGACACAGCGUCAAUAUUACAGGUAGCACAGCACUGGGACAGAUCACUACAGAAGAAUGUAACGACUCAGUCAGGGAUGUUAAAUAUUGUCCAAUAAGUAUAGAUAUAUUUUAAUUCAUUAGAAAAAUAAUAUCCAACGUGUUAGUGUUAUUAUAAAGUGAAUCUGUGAAUAUUCUCAAAAGGCCAGAAUAUUUUAUUUAUGUUUUGUUCUGUACAACCUGUACAACCUGCCGAUACCUUCACUGUUUCGAGUUCUGAGAGUUCAGAUUAGACCACAACUACUUGCUGUGAUUGUACCAACACACAUACGACACUGAGGACUGUAAGUGUAGUAUAUACACAUUUAAAUUGUGGAAGAUGCUCAAAUUUAAGAACUUGUAAUAUUUAAGAGGUAAUCACAUUUUGUUUAAGUAACAACAAGGGUACUCAAUAGAGUCCAUUCCUCCGCCAAGGCCCAACAUUCCUCUAAAUUCACUAGAUCCGCAUUUGUUUUUUGUCUCUUUACCUAAUCAUGCACACUCAUAAGUACAUCAGUCCCCAAAUCAUGUCAGAGAUCUAUGAAUUACACCCUGAGAAAUCAAUGAAAAUGUUGGAAAACUAUUCCUGGAUCUGCUCCCUAAUCCGAGCCAUGAUUCAAUGGAUUCUUUCUCUAACCCAUACUACACCCUUCCACUAAGUUUUGUGGUAAUCCAUCCAGGAGUUUUUUGCAUAAUCCUGUCAACUAUCAAACAAAGGCAGACAGAAACAUUACCUCCUAUAGGUGGUAACUAAAGUGGCACUCAGUAGAGUGCAUACCUCCGCCAAGGCCCAACAGUCCUCAUAAAUUCAAUCAAACCCCACCAAGCUAAAUACACUUAUAGAUAUCUUACCAAACUUUAAAGGGUUCCCCCCCUGACCCAAACCACAUGCUUCCACUGAGUUUCAUGGUAAUGCAUCCGGCAUUUUUUUUUGCAUAAUCCUGCUAAAUAACAAAUGCAGAUGAGAACAUAACCUACUUGGCGGAGGUAAGGUAGCAUGUGUAAAGUGUUAAUGAUGAAUCUUCUCAUCCGAUGGGAAGUCAACAUAACCGUAGUGCGAAGAUGCUCAUUGGAAACUAGAACCUCUCUUUGCGACCCUCAGUACGUGAGGUAGCUUCUGUGGAGCUGGCUGAGAUGUGCCGUCACAGCCGCGUGCAUAGCUCAAAUAGCUAUGACAGCUGAGAGCCACUCACAGACAUCUGCUCACGUACUCACAUACUAAAGAGACACUUUGAUACCAGGGUGCAGUACACUGGCCUUGCAUAUAGACAAUACGGCACUUUACCACUGAUCAGAGUGGCUGCACAAAACAGGAUAUUAUGGGAAAGACUUCAGUCUUCGUUCUUUAUAAAUUCACAUUGAGUUAUUCAGCUGACGACAGCAUUGACUGUCUACAUGUUGUCUCAUUGGAACAGAGCUCUACGGCAAAGAUUUGAUCUUAUUUUUCUAAUCGCUCCCCCACUUCUGUUAGCCUGCUGCUCUCUGGCACUGCAGUGCAUUUCCCUUCUUGCUUUCAAUGGAAGCAAGAAGACGACAGACAGACCGAUUAUGCAAUAAACAGUUUUAAGGCACUUUACAGAUGUGUCUGGACCGGUUGCGAUCGCAACUGCGUCUGUCCGAGCCACUGUUCAUAUGUAGCUUCACUCUACUAAUGUAUCUCAGUCAGACUAAUGUAUUGACAUUAGGUUCAUAUAUCUACAUUAGACAGAUUUAACUGCAUUGGAUCGAUCUAGAUUAGAUCCCUUUUACACUUGGCAUGAAAUUCCCUGCGUAGAUGGAAUAUCUUUCAAGACGAGCUCAGAGCUUCAGGCCACAUUAUGAAACCACCUCCGACCUCUCCCUUCGGUUGAGGAAAGCUCUGCAGCCGAUUUCUGAAAACCCAAGUCUGCAAUGUUGUGUUCAUCCUAAUCUGGAAAAAAUGGUAUGACCAGAGGUACGAAAAAUCUUCAUGAAAGUUGUAUCUAGAGUGAAUUCAGAUAUAGUGUGGUUUAACCAAACCUCAUCACAUUACAGCCUUUAUACAGCGCUGUGUCGUAAGAAUGGCCUGGCUGCAUUCUGAGCUGUACCUUUCCAAAAAGAAAAAAAUCAAGUAAGUUCCAACGAAUUUGACAUGACAUGUAAUUAGAUCUCUUUCAAAAUACAGAUACCAUGACAAACAACACAUUUGGAGUAUAAAUGGGAUCAAGGCUGAUGUCCACAGACCCAAACUUGCUUCCUCAUCCCACCAUCUGUGUGCAUAUCCCUCUGUAAAGAGGGUCCAUAGUGUCCCUGUGGGCAAACAACUACAACACUGUUGUUGUUUUCUCUUGAUGUAACUUUUCUUCCUCCAUACCUCGGUCCUUGCUAAACAAAUUCAUGUAGGGAUUGUGAUGCAUUGCGUGUGUAUUUGUGGCCACAGUUCUAGUGCCUGUUUUGUUUUUCUGGGAUCACUAACCAGAUUUUCUGUUCUCUGGAGUGUAGCCCAUUAACCCUGCCUCGCGGUUUCAGGAGAUUUAUUCUCUGCCGUUAUGGAUUUAUUUAUGUUCCUGACGAGAGUGAAAAACAUCCACAUCGAUAUUGGCCCAGUAAACUAGACACAGGCAUGUGGGAAGACUGUAAGGAUGAUGGCCUGUUUCAAUGAAGGCCAGGUAUGCGGCAAACAGGAUAAUAGGAUUUCAUGUAUGAAUGCAGACAGUGUAGAUCUACUGUAGCUGUGGAGCUGCUGCCGUCAUCACAACAUGAAAUUGUACUGGCUCUUUUUCUCUCUAUCACAUUCUGACCUGUAUGUAUUUCUCCAAGAAACAUCCUUACGUGGGUUGAUGUCGGCUUAACAACUGCUUGCAGUGUUUGCUGCAGUACUGACUCUGCCCUGACUAGAGUAGGACGCUCCUCUGCAGUGGUGCAGUACACCACAGUCAAUACAACGUGACUGCCACCUGGUGGUACAUGCCUAACACAUCAGACAAGCUUGGGCAGAAGCUGAUGAGACAAACAAACAGGCGCUUAUUGCAUUUCAAUUCAGACCAUGAACAAAAAAAAAAAACUGUGUCAAGCAAAGCUAGAAUUAUAAUUUCAGUGUUAAGAUCAUUCGUACAGCUGAGACAAUUUAUGAAUAUUAAAUUUAAUUGAACUGUUGCUAAUUGCUUUACAUAAUGCUACUAGUUAGAUUGCUAAAAAUAUACAUUACUUACAUUAUUGGGUGUUCUAUCUACGUUUAAUACGGGGGGACUCAUCCUGUUCAAGUUUACACUAAAUCUAUUAGGAGAAGGAUACAUGACUCAAUUUGUGCAAACUUGGAUUCUUUAUCAAAUUGCUCCCAGUUGACGGCUACAUUGAGCAUUAAAGUAGUUACAGAUAGUCUCAGUGUUACCGACUGACCACUAUGGUAUUGCUCUUACUGCCAGGGCGGCUGAAACUCAUACUGCCAGUCCAAGAGUCUCACGUCUGCUGUUGUUACGACACUAUUUACACUGACACACAGUGACUCUAUUUGUACACCACAAACACAGAUAGUAUUACGGUCUUCCACUCGUAUCGACGGUACUCUCAGUGCUAAAUCCUACGCGAUAUCGCUCUGGCACUACCGAUGUAUUUCUAGCGGCUGAAACUCACACUGCCAAGCCAUGAGUCUGACGUCUGCUCUCCGCUUCCCACAUUCCACUCGGAUCAAAAGAUCACACCACGGAUCGAAUGGUGGUUUAAUGCAGCAAAGAAAAUACAUUGAUUUUACUACAAUCCCAAUGCAAGGGGAUGCUAGAUACAUGAGAUGAAUGUGGGCGCCAUAGGUUCUUAUUUAGGCACAAACACAAUCGUUUCCAUUGUAGGAAUUUUGAGAUAGCAAACAAAAUCAUAAAAAGUAAUUAUUGUCAGCAUAUUGUGACAUAGUGUGUGUCAAUGUUUUAUCACGUGUCUAGCAAACUGCCUUCCGUAACUCUUAUAGACCACGGCUAUAGCUAGAGAUUUGAAUUACAAGCACAGGCUGACACUCACUGCAGUCCUGCAUUUUGAACUAUUUCAACAAUAUUUUUGACACAUUCUAUCAAUGUCCUAAUUACAAACUUAUAUCUACACAGUGAUCUAACUCCACUGACGCUACAGAAACAAAGACACUUUACAGUAUGUCAAAAUCUUGCAGCAAGUUCCACACACACAAACACGCUCACGGACAACAAUUCUGCCACCCCAGGUUUCCUGAAUCUACUUUUCUGUGAUGUUCAGCUGUUUGUCUGUGUUUGUGACCAUGUUGCUCAUGCUCCCUUCAUGACUAUGCACCACAAACUCUUGUUAAAAAAUACAUCCUGAAAAUAAAAUGCUGAUUGGAAUUCC